GCGGCGAUGGCGGCGCGGCGCGCGCGGGCCGUGCGGGUGCUGGUGGACAUGGACGGCGUGCUGGCCGACUUCGAGGGCGGCCUCCUGCGGGGCUUCCGCCGCCGCUUCCCGGCCGAGCCGCACGUGCCGCUGGAGGAGCGCCGCGGCUUCCUGGCCCGCGAGCAGUACCGCGCCCUGCGGCCCGACCUGGCGGACAAAGUGGCCAGUGUGUAUGAAGCCCCAGGCUUUUUCCUGGACUUGGAGCCAAUCCCUGGGGCCCUGGAAGCCAUACGGGAGAUGAACGACAUGGAGGACACCGAGGUCUUCAUCUGUACCAGCCCCCUGAUUAAGUACGAGCACUGUGUGAGGGAGAAGUACCGGUGGGUGGAGAAGCACCUGGGGCCCCAGUUUGUGGAGCGCAUUAUCCUGACGAGGGACAAGACGGUGGUCAUGGGGAACCUGCUCAUUGAUGACAAGGACACCAUUCAAGGCCAGGAGGAGACCCCAAGCUGGGAGCACAUCUUGUUUACCUGCUGCCACAACCAGCACCUGGCCCUGCCCCCCACGAGACGACGGCUGCUCUCCUGGAGUGACAACUGGCGGGAGAUCAUAGACAGCAAGCGGGGUGCCUCACUGUAAGACUGUGAGGGCCUGGGGCUCCUCCAGGAAUAAGCCGAGGGACCUCGGCAGUGGACAGUGGCUGAGGGAAGGGAAGGCAGGCCAGGGAGGAUCCGAGCAAGGUCAAGUGACUGGGCACGGAGGGGCAGGGAGAUAUGGGGACCACUGCUCUCAUCAGCCAGACACUUGGACUUGGCACCUCCUGAGAUCGUGCACUGGGGCAUGGUCAACAUGGGAGCACCCUGGUGAAGGUGGUCAGGAACCUUUUAAUAAAAAACUUUGGCUCUCUGG